AUGGCUCCGCUCUCGGUCGCCAUGCGCCAUCUUCUGCUCGCGAUGGUCGCACCGGCCGCCGUGUCCGCCGUGUCCGCCGUGUCCGCAAGGUCGCCUUCAAGGAUAUUCGGACGCGACAACUUUUGCGCCACCAACGGCCUCCAGCAGUGCUCGGGCGACCUACCGUCUCAGUUCUGCUGCCCGAAAGGCAGUUCUUGCAUCUCUCUUGCUGGGCAGACCACGGUGCUCUGCUGUCCUUCGGACAGCAAGUGCGAGAGGAUCCAGCCCAUCACUUGCAACGUCCGGGAGCAGGACCCCCUGAAGAACCCUCAGGCGCCCAUCAAAACCACCAUCUUCGACACGCCCUUGGGAAAGUGCGGUACUGAUUUGUGCUGCCCCUUUGGCUACACUUGCGCAAAGGACGGAAAGGAGUGCGCCAAGGACUCGGACCAGACGAAACAACCCAAGGCCACGCAGCCAAGCUCGACAGCGCCGACCGCGACGAUAUCAAGCACGCCCACGACGAUAUCAACGGCAGGCCCCCAAGCCACGAAGACGACUGGCGACCCUGCGUCGCCUGCUGCUACGACUACAAGCCCCAGCCAGCAAGAGCCGAGUUCUGACUCCGGCCCGGAGAAGACGUCCAUCAUCGGCGGUGCCGUCGGCGGCUGCUUGGUGUCACUUCUCAUCAUCACCGUCAUCUUCCUCUACUUUCGGCGCAGGCGCCGAGCAGGAAACUCUGAAAAGUCUGGGUUCUCGCGAACCAACUCCAGCGGCUCCGGACCGUACGGCGCGGUUAUAUCCGCCCCGGUCCUCCAUCCGGGAACCUACCGAAGUGAUUUCCUCCGCGGGAGCCCACCUCGCGCAUUCCCGUCAGAACCUCAGACUCCUCCUCCACCACACAACCCCCCUCGCUCUGGCGCGAACCCACCACGCAUCUCCAUCCCCAACCCCUUCGACUCGCCCAACCCCUCUGGGCACUCUCCCGCGCGGUCGCCCAUGUCGGCCACGUCGCACGACGACCGCAACGCCAAGCACGGCCACGUCGGCGCUCGCCUCGCCCCGAUCCGCGCCAUGAGGGCCUCUGUGGCGAGGCACUCGCGCCGCCCAGACAGCAUAUCGCGUGACGACCCCAGCAGCGAGAGCAUCAACGUCUUUGCGGAUCCGACCACCGUGUCGAGCAGUGAUCCGCGCACCACGACUUUCUCGGACAUGAUGAGCCAGGCCGGUCUCGAUAAGGUGCACAAGGGCAAGCCGUACGUCGCUGGCGCAACGCCCAGGAUAUGA